GGCUUGUCUUAUUAAAUGCUUCAUGCUCUUUUCCUUCAUUUCUAUUCAAAUUUCAAAUUGUCCCCACUUUCCCUUUAGUUUUAGUUCCAAAUUUUCAAGUGAAAGAAACACAAGAAGAAAAUGGUAAAUGAAGCAUAGCUGAAAGAAUAUGAGCACAGCCAGAUUCAUCAAGUGUGUCACAGUUGGUGAUGGGGCUGUGGGAAAGACUUGCAUGCUCAUCUCUUACACCAGCAACACAUUCCCCAUGGAUUAUGUUCCCACAGUUUUUGACAAUUUCAGUGCAAAUGUUGUGGUUGAUGGAAGCAUAGUUAACCUAGGAUUAUGGGACACUGCUGGACAGGAAGAUUACAACAGGCUUAGGCCAUUGAGUUAUAGAGGAGCAGAUGUGUUCUUAUUGGCCUUUUCCCUCGUCAGCAAAGCUAGUUAUGAAAAUAUAUCUAAAAAGUGGAUUUCUGAACUGAGACAUUAUGCUCCAAUUGUGCCAAUUGUUCUUGUGGGAACUAAACUUGAUUUGAGGGAAGACAAGCAAUAUUUGAUUGAUCAUCCUGGAGCCACACUUAUAACUACUUCUCAGGGAGAAGAGCUGAAGAAGACAAUUGGUGCUGCUAUGUACAUAGAGUGUAGCUCAAAGACUCAGCAGAAUGUAAAGGCAGUGUUUGAUGCUGCGAUCAAGGUUGUUUUGCAGCCACCUAAGCUCAAGAAGAAAGGAAAGAAGAAGAACACGCCUUGUUUUUUGCUCUAAUUCAAGUUGUUGAUGUUAAAUUCUCAUAUUGUAACAUUCAGAUCCUUCUUCCUAGGAUUUUCUUUUUCUUAUAUUUUGUUUCAUGAAUCCUUUAGAACAUAAGUACUGCAAAGUGAAACUCUAUACUAUAUUGUUCUCCAAUGUCUACUUGAUGAGAGUAGACUCAAUUCAAUAUUAUAAAAUGAACAUUAUAAUUAGUUACCA